GUGACAUAAGAGCGAAUGAAUGGAGGAACCAUGUGCCCGUAGUGAGGAAGGACACUAAAACUGGUGGAAAAGUGGAUGGACAGCAUUCUCUUGAUCAGCUGAUUGGAAGCUGCACCAUGAGAUCGCCGCUCACCCGUCUGUGUCACAUCACCCUCCAGGUCUCCAACCCCCAGAAGGUCAUAGCCGACCUGGUGGCCAAGUACAGAUUUAGACCAUUUGCGGCUCGCGGUCUGGACGGAGCGGCGCCUUGUCAGGUGGCGUUGAGAAAUGGAGAAGUCGUGUUCAUAGUCAAUGAGAUCUCCAAAAGCCCUGACCUAUUGUACGAUUCUGCGGUUCCCCUGACAUCCCCCGACACAGCCUGCAACGUCAGCUAUGAGGUGGAUGAUUUGUCCAGACUGUGCCAGCGACUGGUCAGCAAUGGCUGCCACAUGUUAGUGCCCCCCACCCAUAUUCAGAGCGACGCCGGCCCAGUGUCCUACUGUGUGGUCAAGUCCAUUCUAGGGAACGUAAGACACACUCUCAUUGACCGCACUCAGUAUGCAGCCGCCUUCCUUCCAGGCUUUGAUCCCCUCAAGAAAGAUGAUGACGGUGCUCCGGCUGAUGUCACCCGCGUGGAUCAUGUGACUUACUGCUGUCCCCGGGGGACCGUGCCACAGGUGAUAGAGUGGUAUAGGCGGUGCUUUGGGUUCCAACACUUCCCUCUCCGAGAAGGAGAAGACCCGAGCCGGGGAUUUGAAAUCAGUGGCCCCCAGAUCGGGCUGCGUCUGACCUCCGUAGAAUGCCCGGAGCGAGCAGAAGUGGCUAAGAUUGUGUUCGCGGAAUCGUUACCCCAGACGGGGAUGAACCAGAUCAACCAGUUUCUUCAGCAUCACCCAGAAGGUGGGAUCCAGCACAUCGGCCUCUUGACGCCCAACAUCUUAAAGGCUGUGAGGGCCCUGACCGAUAGCGGGGUUGUCUUUGCUCACCAGCCCCCGUCCUAUUAUAAUGACCCCCAGAAGGUGGCAGAGAUCCUCCGCGCAGGGUUAACCCCGCAGCGGCUCUCGCCCUUCGGGAUUUUGCUGGAUUCUUCCCCUGAACUUCAGGAUGAGAAGGAUGCCGAUCUGAAGUUCCUUUUACAGGUUUUCGCUGAACCCUUGUUCUUCAAGGACUCGCUCUACCUGGAGCUGAUAGAGCGCAGGGGGGCGCAGGGCUUCGGGGAGGGAAAUAUUCGCGCCCUGUGGCGCUCCAUGCAAGAUAUGAUUAAUGGCCUGAGUCAAAAAGUGCAGGAGGGGGCAGUGACCCAGUGAUGCUACUUACCUGGACGCGUGCCCUCAUCGUCUUCUCACUGCCUGUAAUUGGUGGACUGCUGCCCAUGACAACAAGCAGAGCUACACUGUAAAGCAUGGUGAGCAACACAGAAGCCAUAGCCUGUGAUAAGAAAGGUGGUGGAUUUCUAACUCUAGGGCUAUUCAACAUAGCAGUGUCCUAAUAGAAGAAAGCUGCAGUGUAAAGCAUGAGGGAGGUACAGAGCAGCAGCAUCCUCAGGAUUUCCAACUGCUACUGACUCCAUCAGACAAUGCAGCGAGACUGAUGUCUAAUAAACGUUACUUC